AUGUGGCAAGGUCUGACAUUUGGUACAAGGAAGCAGAGUAGUCCGGCACGUGGUACAUGGAAUUUCCGGAAUCAUCCGAAAUUUCAUGCACGGUGGCACGGUAGUCUGGCAAAGUGGCAAGUCGUGCAUGGUGGUGAUGUCCGGCAGCGCGGCCCCGGAGGCAUUGUGCGUCGAGGUGGACAUUCAUGCGUUGGACAGUUAGUUGACGCCGAUGGAAGGUCUCCGGUUUCCUUUGGACACCUGAUGUGGGGUGGACGGUAUCCGUUUUUCUGCGGAGCGUCGAGCUAG